AGCCCGGACCUGCGCUGAAGAGCAGAUUCAUCAGACAACCGCUCUGCCUUCUGGGUAAAGUGCCCUAGGCUAGGGGAGUAUAACUUGCACGCAGUUAGUUAUUUCACAGUUGAAAAUGAGGCUGUUCGUCUGUGUCCUGCUAUGCGUGGGGACCCUAGCCCCUGUAAACACCGUGUCUCUUCCAGGCUCACACAUACGCAAUCGGCUAUGCCUGGCCGUUCCUGAGAAGACCAUACGAUGGUGUAUUGUGUCAGAUCAUGAGGCCACUAAGUGUUCCAGUUUCCGAGACAACAUGAAGAAAGUCCUUCCUGCAGGUGGCCCAGCUGUUGCCUGUGUGAGGAAAACCUCUCACCUUGAAUGCAUCCGGGAUAUCUCAGCCAAUAAAAUCGAUGCUGUGACUGUUGAUGGAGCUUUGGUGGCUGAGGCUGACCUGCCCCACCACAGCCUGAAACCUAUCAUGGCAGAAUACUAUGGAUCCAAAGAUGAUCCUCAAACCCAUUAUUAUGUCGUGGCCGUGGUGAAGAAGGGAACAGGCUUCCAGCUAAACCAGCUCCAGGGCAAGAAGUCCUGCCAUGCCAGCCUGGGCUGGUCUGCUGGGUGGUACGUCCCCCUCAGCGUCCUGCUUCCUUCUGGCUCUCGGGAAACAGCGGCAGCCACGUUCUUCUCCAGCAGCUGUGUGCCCUGUGCGGAUGGAAAGAUGUUCCCCAGGCUGUGCCAGCUGUGUUCGGGGAAGGGGACAGACAAGUGCUCCUGCUCCUCCGGGGAACCAUACUUUGGCUACUGGGGAGCCUUAAAAUGUCUACAGGAUGGCACAGGGGAUGUGAGCUUCGUGAGGCACCUGACAGUGUUUGAGGUCAUGCCAAGAAAGGCUGACAGGGACCAGUAUGAGCUGCUCUGCCCAGACAACACCCGCAGGCCAGUGGAUGAGUAUGAACAGUGCUACCUGGCCCGGGUCCCUUCUCAUGUUGUGGUGGCUCGCAGUGUGGAUGGCAAGGAGGACUCGAUCCAAGAGCUUCUCAGAGUGGCCCAGGAACACUUUGGAAAAGACAAGUCAUCAACCUUUCAGCUCUUUGGCUCCCCUCACGGGAAAGACCUGCUGUUUACUGAUGCUGCUUGUGGACUUCUAAGGGUCCCUCCAAAGAUGGACAUUGGUCUAUACCUGGGAUAUGAGCUUCUUUCUGCCAUUCGGAAUCUGAAGAGAGGUUCAGAAGACUCCCGGAGGGUGAAGUGGUGUGCAGUAGGCCAACAGGAGAGGGCCAAAUGCGACCACUGGAGUGCUGUGAGUGGUGGCGCUUUGGCGUGCGCUACGGAGGAGACCCCUGAGGACUGCAUUGCUGCUGUCAUGAAAGGAGAAGCGGAUGCUGUGAACCUGGAUGGAGGAUUUGCCUACAUCGCAGGCCACUGCGGUCUGGUGCCCGGGCUGGGAGAGAACUACUUGUCUCCCCAUAGCAGCGAGAGGCUGGGGUCUAAGUGUGUGAACGCAGCUUUGGAAGGUUAUUAUGUUGUGGCUGUGGUUAAGAAAUCAGAUGUUGGCAUCACCUGGAACUCUCUGCAAGGCAAGAAGUCCUGCCACACGGCCGUUGGCACUUCUGCAGGAUGGAAUGUCCCCAUGAGUUUAAUAUACAACCAAACUGGAUCUUGCAAAUUUGAUGAGUUCUUCAGUGGCGGCUGUGCCCCAGGGGCUAAUCCUGACUCUCGUCUCUGUGCUCUGUGUGCUGGUGGUAACGAACCAGCCCACAUGUGUGCUGCCAACAACGAUGAGGGGUAUCAUGGCUCCAGCGGAGCUCUCAGGUGUCUGGUUGAGAAGGGGGACGUGGCCUUCAUGAAGCACCCCACGGUUCUACAGAACACAGAUGGAAAGAACCCCGAGUCUUGGGCUAAGGGUCUGAAACAUGAAGACUUUGAGCUCCUCUGCCUUGAUGGUACCAGGAAGCCUGUGACUGAGGCUCAGAACUGCCACCUAGACAGAGUGCCAAACCAUGCUGUGUUCUCCAGGAAAGAUAAGGUUGACUUUGUCCAAAGAAUGCUCUUCAACCAACAGGAGCUCUUUGGAAGGAAUGGAUUUGAAUAUAGGAUGUUCCAGAUGUUUGAAUCCUCACAUAAGGACCUGCUUUUCAGUGAUGACACAGAAUGCUUGUCUAACCUUCAGAACAAAGCAACCUAUAAAACAUACCUAGGGCCACAGUAUCUUACCCUGAUGGACAACUUUAGACAGUGCUUGUCCUCAGAACUGCUGGAUGCCUGUACAUUUCACAAACAUUAAACCAUUCAGCUGGGGGGGUAACCCAAGGACUGGGGACCCAACUGCUUGCCUCCAUGUGGACCUGUGCCGACAUCUCUAUAACUCAGUGUCAUAGUGGAAACAAACAAAAAAAUGAAUAAAAGUAUCUUCCCAGAAA